CGAUUUAACCAAGAAGAUAUUUAAAAACCCAAGGUGAAGGUUAAGCCGCAGAUAUCGCCAUAUUAAGUCGAGAAGUGGCUAGCGUCUCUCUGAUAAUGGAGAUCAAAAAUACCCCAAUCUACUUCAUUCUCAAAGUGCAUCUACAGCUAUGAGUGGCAUUGUUGAGUCCUGUCCUGGGAAUUCUACAGGAUUUGCUGAAGCGUCGUCCAGACUGAACUGUGGUCGGGAUCAGUAUGGGAAUGAUCAGUACAUCUGUGUCCCUAACUACAAUAAGACGGCCCUCGUGGAGUUUUGUUAUGAUGGAAUUAUGGGGUUCAGACAAAGAGGUAAUUGUUUGGAAGUCAGCGAAGGAGAACUUUUUAAAAGAAGUUGUGCAGGGUUUGUUGAAGGCUGUCCAGAGACGCAUUUCAAGAUUAAUACAAUAUACAAAUAUCCCGCCUGCCUGACAAUCAACACAGACUACAAAUGCUAUAUUGCUGACCCGUCUUGUCCAAAUAAAACAUGGGAGUUCACUACAGAGGACACCUGGGGAAGCUCUACGACAAGCUUCGAGACGACCUUCUCUAACACAACAGAGAAAUAUGACUCUACAACAAGCUUCGAGACGACCUUCUCUAACACAACAGAGACAUACGACUCUACAACGCUACCUACAAACGCCGUACCUGUUGGGGCGAUUGUUGGAGGACUGGUAGCUUUUCUGGUCAUCAUUGGAAUUGUAAUAGGAUUCGUUGUCUGGAAAAGGAGAAAGAAACGGAAGAGAACAGGCAAUACAGAGGAGGCGGAGGUGGAGUUGUUAGCUGAGACAGAAAAUACGCAGCCACCAGAGAGACGUCAUUCAAGACCGUCUGAUGACGACAUUGGAGAAAGACAAAAUCUUGCAAACUUACAAAAUGAAAGUGGAUCGCUCGUCAACAAUGCUGCAGGUGUUUCUGAAUUUACACUUUUGUUGGAACCACUUACAGAUGAGGAGAGACGCCAUUCACUACAUGUUGAUGACGACAUCAGAGAAAGAAAAAAUCUUGGAAACCAGGAAAAUGGAAGUGAACCUCUCCUCAACAAUGCUGCAGGUAUUUCUGAAUCUGAACAUCUGUUGAAACAAGUAUCUGAUGACGACCCACCUACAUUAAAAAGAGAAGAUAAGUCUACCAGGGACGAUGGCGCGAUGUCGAUAAAAGAAUGGAUGAUACAAAAGGAGAAGAUGAGAGCACUUGGUGAUUACAGCGUAUGGAAAACAGAAAUAUCAGACCAGUUCUCCUCCCUGUCUGAUGACGAGGUGCUCGUGUUAUUCUGUUUUCUGUGUUCUGACUCCGGUACCCCCGACUUUACUGAUGCAGACUGUCUGGGCAUUCUUAAUGAGAUACGAUAUGACGUGUACGAUAAGGACCGUGUAACAAGUGAGGAGGCACAGCGGACUCUGGACGGACUGAAGUCACGUGGAUUUCUUUGGGAUCAGGACGGAGUAGACAUCACUGAGGACGUCAAGGACGAGACCAUGUACCGUGUUAUAGAACGUAGUAUAGAACAUGUUACAGAAUAUGUUACAGAACAUGAUAUAGAACGUGUUAUAAAACAUGGUAUAGGACGUAGUGUUCAUCUGUACUACGUGUAUCAUUUAUUCAGUUAUACUACAACAGUGAGGUAUCUGAGAUUACACAGAUACACCAGGGAGUCUGGAGAGAAAUGUGUCAUUGGUGACGCCUCGAUCUUUGAUUCCUUACUCAUACGCCGUCUACAGAUGAACACACUGACCCACGUCACCAUGGAGGACACGAGUAUCUGUGAUGAAGUGUCACAGACAUUGAGCAUCCCUCUAGAUAAAGUAGGCAUGACUGAGAGUGAACGAGGAGCGUUUUUAGAGGACUUACAGAAGACCGGAGAGUGUGUACAAUCACAGGGCAGUGUACAACACGUCAAGUGGCUCUGGAGAGACUUGAGACCUGACAUCGUGAGAUCCUGUAUAGGUCUCCACCCACACCGUGAUAUUUACAUCAUCAACAACACGGCUUACAGAAAACACAAUAAAUACCAUAGCUACUCAACAAACGACAAAAUCACGCUGUACUGCCUAUUAUUGGCUGAUGAUUAUGUGUUGAAUGUCAAAGAGAAUUCCUACCAAAGCAACUUCAAUAAGAUCAAAGAAAGGUAUUUUGGCGAAAAUACCACACCUGAUUAUGGGACACGUGAACCUCUACCUGAUGGAAUCAUAAAAACACAGGACGAUGUAAUAACGUUUGUCUCUGACGACAUCCGACAUGACGUCAUGUACGCGUUCGUUACGGAAUGUCUGGUGGAGGACAGUGAUCUCAAGUUUUUCCUGACCGCGGCGUCACGUGACGUGGUAUCAGAAUACUGCCGGUCGUGGGAUUAUGAGAGAAGUGAGGGAGAGAGAUGUCUGUAUAUACCGGAUAGUCCGGAUGAAAUGUACAAGCUGUUCAUAGACAGACUACAGCUGGACAUCCUCACACACUGUACCGUGUCAGACAAGAGGAUUCAUUACAGGAUCAGUAAACGUUUGGAAGUCCCUAUGGAAAUACUGGACUGGGACCAAGAGGCCAGAGAGCGGUACGUGGAGUACGCCAAGAGAGGAACACAGACCGUCCACCACGCCAGGGGGAUGAUCGUAGGAUGUGCCGAGGCCGGCAAGACCACGCUACUGAAACGUCUGCUCGGGUGUAGUGACGCAGAUAUACGGGGUGUGACAUCAACGGAAGGACUGGAGGUCCACGAGGAGAUAUUCCAAAUAUGUGAAAAAACGAAAACAUUAAAAGCCAGGUCAACAGAUAUGGGUAGCAACAAGAAGAAUGAGGCCGAUGAGAAGAAGGUGUCUUUCUUUGACUUUGGAGGACAGUGCGCGUACUACGCCUGCCAUCAGAUUUACCUGACCAGAAGAGCUUUCUACAUGGUGGUAGUGGACGCCUCUAAACGUCUGGACCAGGUGGUGGAUAAGAAAGUGUGUGACCAGGAUGGCAGCAUGUUCUCUGGGUGGACUUACGGAGAUUACUUCGUUUUUUGGAUAAAAUCCGUUCACACUUACUGUGGUACAGAUGAUGGAGCACGCCAAACGCCUAUAGUCAUCAUUGUAGCGACUCACUGGCACCAAGAAGAAAGAAAAUAUGAGAACAAAGACGCUCUUAUCAACGAAUUGCAGGGGGUUCUUCCUAAAAAUUCUCGUCUUUCGCAGUACAUCAAUAAGGAGAACUGCCAUUGCAUACAGUUUCCUAUUGAACCUCUUCAAGAAUUGGAGAGACACAUCGUGAAAAUAGUAAGCCAGAAACGAUGGGGAGAAACUAUUCCAAAAGAGUGGGCAUUCUUCGAAAUUGAACUUAGUCAAACCAAAGGUUCACGAAAAAUAUCAAAGGUUCAAAAUAUAGUAACAAAAGCACAAAAGGAAACACGCGAGGAAGACGUUCAGCAUUCGACGGAAGAUCCAUCAACAACGAAAGACAUGCUCCGAUAUUAUCAUGAUGCUGGAAAAGCUUUGUAUUUUGAUGAUAAACUACUCAGAAAUCAUGUGGUCAUUGACGUUCAGUGGUUUAUUGACGCAUUCAAACACAUUAUCACUGACGAAUUACAUUUCAAAGGAAUUACUGCUAGCAAAGAAGACUGGGAUGAAUAUUACAUGACUGGCAAUUUGAAAGAUCAACUUCUAAAACAGAUUUGGAAACAUAAAGACGAUGAAUUAAAGAAAGAAGGCAAACACGUGAAUGGUGGUGGUGAUGAUGAUGAUGACGACGACGAUGAUGAUGAUGAUGACAGUGAUGAUGAUGAUGAACGAUUCUUCUGUCAACAUGAAGAGUCACUCCUACUAUUCAUGGAGAGACUAGGCUUAGUUGCUCGUGGGAAGAAAUCCCGUUCCCACUACGUCCCCUGCAUGAAUCGUCGAAAUGUUGAUGAACACAGUCUAAAAUGGAUCCAAGAAUCAAGGAAUAAAUCACCUGUUCUUAUAUACAAAUUUGAUUUCUUGCCAUAUUUCCUGUACUUUCGCCUUGUCGUUGCGUGUAUGCAGGAAAUGGAAGUAGUGAAAGAAGAAGAACGAUCGUGCCUUUACAAAGAUGUUGCUUUAUUUCUCUCUGAGGGAUACGUCGUGGUUAUCUCCGUCACAGCAGAAAGUAUACAGCUACAAAUAGUCCAUUCUACACCUGGCUGUUCUUUGGAAAAGACUAAAACUAACAACAUCCAAGAUAUGAUUGAGGGAUUAUUGAAGGACCUUACGGGGACAUUUCACAGAAAAAUUUCAUUUGAAAAGGGGCUACGAUGUCGAGAUGAUGACACAAAAACAAUUCCUAUGGAUAUACAUGGACACUUUUUACAAUCGAAGCAAAUUCCAAAAAGUGAUCCCGUAGUCCAAAAUUGUCCUUUACAUUUAACGAAAGGUCAACAUUCCAUAAACACCAGGGAGUUGACCGAGUACUGGAAAUUGUAAACAAGAUGAUUUUACAUUUUUAUUUGCGAGUUUUCCAUGGAAAAUGAACUGAAGAGUUAAUGGAAUCACUAAAUCUAGUACACAGUGAAUUUCCCCACGCCUUCCAUCGGUAUUCUGAGUCACCAAAUGAAAUACUGCUAUUCAAGUUGAUCCCUUGCAUUCAGUGGUAUGACUUAAAUUAAUCCGCAAAAUUCCAAGUAUAAUUUUCACGAACGUUGUGUUGUUCUUUAGGAACAAUUCCUUGAUAAACUCGCUCUAAAGACGCAAGGAUAGGGCUAAGAUGUUCACAAAUUUAACACUUUUAUUUUUACUAGUGAACAUAGUAAGGCCUUUACAGAAAUCGUAGAACUCAUGUCAUCAGGAAUGUGUUGUCAAGGGUGUAAAUAUAUGGAUGAAACGUCAUCGAACAAUAUUGGAAAUACAUUGUAUAUACUUAAACUUCUAUAAGCCCAGUGUAAAAAUACGUCAAUACCUAAUAUGUCAUAAUACGUUUUUCAUUCAAGGAGUGUGGGGCAUUGUUUUGUCAGUUUUCUUCUUAUUAUUAUUAAGACCUAAUUGAUAUUCUUCUGUUUCUUUUUCUUUAUUAUUUUUUUUUCUUAAUCGAUUACUCAAAAACGCAAGGGCAGAUUUUCAGGGAUAGUAGAUAUUGAUUGACUUUAUGACGUCACUUCCAGUCCGAGAUGUCGCCAAUUUCGAUUUUUCAGAGUCUCGUUUUUCAGGAAUUUUCUUCCAAACCAUUCAAGAUACUUGGCUGAAAUUUUCGGCGAUUGUAGACUAGGCGUGUUUAUUCUUAUGUUAAGAAUUAUAUUGAUAUUGAUCAAACAGCGUCGUCCCUCAUCUGGGUACGAAAAUGGAGCUUGCACGUUUUAAUUUAUAAUCUGUAGUCAUAAAUAUUCAAUAAUGAUAUAUAUAACAACAUUUAUACAGUUUAAUGGGAUCUUUUGAGCAAUAUCCGGAAAUACACUUCAUGGAUCGCCUGAACUGUCGAAUGUGUCUCGCAAUCAAGAACGUUUCUCUAGAGAAACAUUUGAUAAGACGUGUAGAAUAGAAGUUGUUCAGUUUUGCAAGAUCUAUCUAAUGAUAUUAAGAAAAAGGCCAGCGGGUCUCAUGGCUUGCCUAAACAGUACAAUUUGUAUCGUAACCAAUAACUUUUAUCUCGAGAAACUUAUGAUGUUACAUGCUGAUUAGAAGUUGUUCAGCUCAAUGAGAUACAUGAGAUAUUUUAAGAAAGAGGACCACGGGCCUCAUAAAUCACUUGAACAGUCGAAUAUAAUUGAUAAAUCAUAUAUCUUACAUGUUUAUCGCUCUAUUAUUAAGAAUUUAGGUGUUUAUUCCUUUCUUCACUAAUUGAAUUAUUCCAAUCAAAAUCUCAUCCCAUCAGAAAUCGGACGGAAGACCCACUCGUUUCUCGUAACUAGAUCGAGUCAUUAUCUUCAUUCUUCAAACCAAGUAUUGUUUGGACUGUUACCUGAGAACCCUUAGACAUUAAGACUCCAAACUUAGAACAUGAAUAGGUGGAAGAAAGGAGAUGUAUGCGGUACUAACAUUUUUACCUUGACUCAUUUACAUGUAUAAAGUUAAUAUUUUAUAUCAGGAUCUGGUCCUUGAUAUUGCCCGCAUCAUACUCUUGCACUCAAUAUUAUUGCCCCAUUAUAAGGAAACCAAGCUUCGAAGUGAAUGCAUCUGGGUUUUUAGACCCUCUAGCUUACAUAUGAGAAUAUAACAUAUUUUUUGCAUUGCCAUAUCAUUGAGCAUGGGCAGAUUCUAUCAAUGUAAUAUAAUCACCAUACCAAUCUGAUGCAAUCUAUAGUCCUUUUGGUGAGUACAUGUAUAUAUUCCAGUAAGUGGCUUAUAAACCAGAUAUUGAACAUCAGUGUGUUAUAUGCUUGAUGAUCUAUUUCACUUUCACAUGUAGUACAUUAUCAACAAUAAAGAGACAAACCAUAUAUUC